UUGAAAGGCCCAGGUGUACGUGACCCGGAUGUAUUUCAUGUUAGCGCAGCGGCUAACUGCCUGGUAUGCAAGCGCGUAAAAACGUAGCGAGGUGGCCAAAAACGUGAGAAUAAGAUGCGCUUUCAUCCUUUUGGACUUCGUAGUUUUGACACCGGCAUGUAUCGCUAGUUUGCCAGUAUGUCGAUUAGAUGAAUCUAGAUUAUUAUUGCCGGUGUGUAUUUGACUGGAUAAGUGCUUGUUUUCGUGCUUUGCCGCCAUGGCUUUCCUUUAGGAAAUUUUAAGGAGGCCAUUUUUAAUUUGACUGAACGCAUGAUUGUUAUUAUUUGUAGUAUUUUUCGUCCGCGAGACAGCACUAGUAACCUGCUGCCACAUGUCUAAACCAAAGGGAGAAGCGCAACCCCUACGUUUCGGCCAGGUGGUGAUCGGACCGCCGGGUUCGGGCAAAACCACUUACUGCCAGGCCAUGCAGGAGUUCCUCGGCCACCUCGGGCGCAAAGUAGUUGUGGUCAACAUGGACCCGGCCAAUGAUGGCCUCCCGUACUCUUGCGCCGUGGACAUCGCCGAGCUGGUCACGUUGGAUGAUGUCAUGGGCGGCCUGAAGCUGGGGCCCAAUGGCGGCCUCCUGUACUGCAUGGACUACGCGGAGGCCAACUUGGACUGGUUGGAGAUAAAGCUGAAGGAGCACAACGACUGUUACUUCUUGUUUGACUGCCCCGGGCAAGUGGAGCUCUACACGCACCAGACUUCGCUGAAAAACAUAUUUACGCGGUUAGGAAAGUGGAAUUUCAGGCUAACAUGUGUGCACCUCGUGGACUCUCACUACUGUACGGACCCGGCCAAGUUCAUCUCCGUGCUGUGCACCUCGCUGGCCACCAUGCUCCACGUGGAGCUCCCUCACGUCAACGUCCUCUCCAAGAUGGACUUGAUUGAGCAGUAUGGCAAACUAGCAUUCAACCUCGACUUCUACACCGAAGUUAUGGAUCUGAGCUAUCUACUGGAGCACCUCGCCGCAGAUCCCUUCUUCAAAAAAUUCCGCCACCUGAACGAAAAGCUGGCGGAGGUCAUUCAGGACUACGGCCUCGUCUCGUUCGUCUCUCUCAAUGUGCAGGACAAAGAGAGCAUGAUGCAGGUGUUGCGGGCCGUGGACAAAGCCAACGGCUGCUGCUUCGGAGACCUGGAGGAGAGGAAUCUGCAGGCCAUGAUGUCAGCCGCCGUGGGGGCAGACUUUCAGUUCGCCUCCACUCUUGGAGUUCAGGAGCGCUACGUCGGAACCAGCGGAAAGACGGUAGAGGAGGAACUGGUGGACCUUUGACCUCGUCCGGGUUCGGAACUCCUUCAUGGGAAAAAAAAAAAACAAAAAAAAAAAACAA